GCGAUCUUCGAUCAAUCUCUAAUCGAUGAAAAUGCUGCCGUUUUGAAGAAUAAGAGCGAUCGUCGAUCCAGACUCCGAGUUCGCUAAAACACACAAGACAGACAGAGAAAGAGGGACACCGACACACAUGGCUAUCUCAUCGUCCUCGGCGUCGCCGAAGGGCGUGGUGGUAACAGUCCCAGUGCUAGUACUCGCGGCCUCGGUGGCUGCCGUGUUCUUGUUCUUCCUCUUGUCCUCGCUCUCCUCCUGUUCUUGCCCCGGUGGCGGGGCCGGUUCCGGUUCCGGUUCCGGCGUCGGUAUUGGUGUCGGUGUCCCCGUGUCCGGUGGUGGCGUGACUGUGUCGACGAGAAAAGAGGAUGUGGAUUGGGUGAAGGAGCAGAUCCGAGCGAAUGGACUCCAUAUGCAAGAGAAUGUCCUCCGCAAGGGCAUUAACCCUCGCACCCGAGCGCAGCAGCUCCAGGAUCUCUCGGAGUUCAAAGGCAUAUCACAUUAUGAAGGACCUGAAGCAAACAACCACACUGCCCUCCCUUGCCCUGGAGACCUUCUUGUUGAAGAGCACCACAGCAACUAUGGCGAGCCCUGGGCAGGUGGGCGAGAUGUGUUUGAGUUCCUUGCUGAAUCUGCCCAUCUCACGCCUGACUCCUGUGUCCUCGAGAUUGGCUGUGGCACCCUACGAGUUGGCUUGCAUUUCAUUCGCUAUCUCAAUCCUGAGCAUUACAAUUGUCUUGAAAGAGAUGAACUCUCUCUGAUGGCUGCAUUUAGAUAUGAGCUUCCUUCCCAAGGGCUCCUAUACAAGCGCCCAAUGAUUGUGAGAGGCGAGGAUAUGGAUUUCACUAAGUUUGGUCCAGGCAUUGUGUAUGAUUUGAUAUAUGCUAGUGCUGUCUUUCUACAUAUGCCUGAUAAGCUUGUGUGGACUGGUCUGGAGAGGUUAGCAAGUAAAUUGAAACCUUAUGAUGGGCGAAUCUUUGUGUCACAUAACAUAAAGUUCUGUACCCGUUUGGGCGGAGAGGAGUGUACAAAGCGGCUCACGAGUUUGGGGCUCGAGUAUGUUGGAACGCAUACACAUGAUAGCUUGCUUUUCAAUCACUAUGAGAUCUGGUUCGAGUUUAGGCGGUCGAAAGCUUAGGACUUUGUGGAUUUUCUCUUUGGAUUUAGUUUUUCAUAGUUUGGAAGCAGGUAUCGAAGCUACAGGUGGCCUGUAACUACUGCAACCAGAAAGCUCAAGUCUUCAACUUCCUGUUGAUAAAUGCAUAUGGAAGGUUGAGGGAUAACAAAUUGAUGGAUCAUCAGCUUGAGCGCAAACUUGAACCUGUUUUGUAUUUUUGAGUAGCAAAGUAUUCAUUGUGAGUUGUAAAUUAGGUAUAUCGAUUUGUAACGUUAUGUAAUGGAUACAAGAGAUGUGUUAACAACUUAAUAUAUUCUUUUUCCUUUGAA